AAUAAAUAAAUAAAUAAAUACAAACAAAAAAGGGCACUGAGUUCGUACUGUUUGGGAGCUGUGCCGACUGUCGAGUUCUUAAUAUCAUGCCCAUUAUCACGACAAAACCCUAAUUUCCUUAGAUUUUUCUUUCAUUCGCGCCCAAUCUCCGCCGAUGCAGCACGAGGACCCUAGAAACGGUGAGUCGGCUCACCGCAGCUCCAAAAAACCCAAACUUUCCUCCAAGUUUAUUACCGAGUCGGAUACCCGUGACGAGUUCUCUCACCACCAGCCACGUGUCGCUCGCAUCAACAACGGGAGUUUUGGUAGCUGUCCCGGCUCAGUUCUCACUGCCCAACGCCAUUGGCAGCUGCAGUUCCUCUGCCAACCUGAUGCCUUUUACUUCAAUACCCUCCGUGACGGAAUAACGGCGUCACGGAAAAUCAUAAAGGACCUCAUAAACGCCGACCACGUCGACGAGGUCUCCCUCGUCGAUAACGCCACAACCGCCGCUGCCAUCGUCCUCCAACGGAUCGGCCUAAGUUUCGCCGAAGGGAAGUUCCAGAAAAACGACACGGUUUUAAUGCUCCACUGCGCAUUUCAGGCCGUUAAAAAAUCAAUUCAAGCGUAUGUCACUCGCGCCGGUGGCUCCGUUAUCGAGGUACGGCUACCAUUCCCAGUAAAUUCAGAGGAAGAAAUCAUUUCAGAAUUCAAAAAAUCAAUCGAGGAAGGAAAGUCCAACGGUAGAAAGAUAAGGUUAGCGAUUAUCGAUCAUAUUACAUCAAUGCCAUCUGUUGUUAUUCCGGUAAAAGAAUUAGUUAGGAUUUGUAGGGCGGAAGGAAUAGAGCAGGUUUUUGUAGACGCUGCACACGCGAUUGGGAGCGUGAAAGUAGAUGUCAAAGAAGUUGGAGCCGAUUUUUAUGUUAGCAAUUUACAUAAGUGGUUUUUCUGCCCGCCUUCUGUAGCAUUUCUGUAUUGUAAAAAUUCAACUUCAUCAUCUGAUUUGCAUCACCCUGUUGUUUCACACGAGUAUGGAAAUGGAUUGCCAAUUGAAAGCUCCUGGAUCGGAACUAGGGAUUAUAGUUCUCAGCUAGUGGUUCCUUCAGUUUUGGACUUUGUUAACAGGUUCGAAGGUGGGAUUGAUGGGAUAAUGAAGAGGAACCAUGAUGAAGUGGUGAAGAUGGGGAAGAUGUUGGCGGAGUCUUGGGGGACAAAUUUAGGAACUCCUCCAGAGAUGUCUGCUGCGAUGAUUAUGGUUGGUUUGCCUUCGAGGUUGUGUCUUAAUAGUGAGGAGGAUGCUGUGACAUUGAGGUCGCAUUUGCGAGAUCAUUAUGGGGUCGAAGUUCCAAUCUUUCAUCAGGUUUCCAAGGACGGGGAAGAGGAAGUUAGAGAUAAGGAUGGGUUUAUUACAGGAUAUGUGAGAAUUUCUCAUCAGGUUUAUAAUAAAUUGGAAGAUUAUGAGAAAUUGAGGGAUGCUAUUAAUCAGUUAGUUGAGGAUGGGAAAACGUGCAAAAUGCUUUAUACAGAAUGAAGAGGCAGUCAUAACAGUCGGAGCAGCAUUCUACGGAAUAAAAUCUGUGUUUUUCCAUCUUUCUGAUGCUUGUGGCAUCACACAGUUCUUAAGGAACCAAACAACAUAAAGGAAAAAGAGCAGCGCAGAAGAAAUUAUAUGUGCUUCUUGGAACCGCAAAAUCAUUUUCGGAGAACCUCUGACCAAUGUAAUCUGACAUGUGUCUGGAGCUUUGUUCUAUCAAUCCCUGUAGUUGGACAAUAAAUCUAUGAAAUCUAGCAUUUUUUAGCAGUUAACCUGCUUUCGGCUGAAUUUUGUUUUUCUUUAGAAUAUCUCAAGUGUUCGAGUUUACAUGUGUUUGUAAUCUGUAUAGUAUUUGUCUGAUACGAAUUUCAUAAGGCAAGCAUCUUUAGCAUUUAUCAA